AGGUCUCUUGACAAACUCUAUAACUUUGUUGACUGCUCUGGACUUCAUCUGAUUUUUGGACUGAAUGCUCUUAGGCGAAACGCAGAUAAUUCUUGGAACGGCUCCAGCGUGCUCAGCUUACUAAAGUACAGCGCCAGCAAGAAGUACAACAUUUCAUGGGAAUUGGGAAAUGAACCCAACAAUUAUAGGACGUUAAAUAGUCGGGCUAUUAACGGCAGCCAGCUAGGGAAGGAUUACAUCCAGCUGAAGACUUUGCUGCAGUCUAUCCGGGCUUACUCCAAAGCAAAUUUGUACGGUCCUAAUAUUGGACGACCGAAGAAGAAUGUUAUAAUGCUGCUCGAUGGAUCCCCUUGGUCCAACAGCCGGUCAAAGGUGAAGGCGGUAGCAUGGGAUCAACGCGUUUGGGGGAAAAGGGGCUGAUGUUGGCAGACAAAUGCGUCCAAAUGCACCCUUAGACUGUUGACAUUGUACAGCAUCAGUGGUUGCCAGGUCCAUGGAAGUGCGGCAUUGUUCAAAUGAGUAGAUCUGUGGAGAACAUCAGUAACAAUUUCAUGAAGGUUGCUGGCAAAGCAGUGGAUGCAGUUACCUGGCAACAGUAGUUAUAACAUUGACGGACGAGUGGGCAAAGCUAUGGACUUUAUGAAAACGCGACUGCUGGAUGCGCUGUCUGACCAGAUCCGAAAAAUUCAGAAAGUGGUGAACAUGCACAGCCCAGGGAAGAAGGUAUGGCUCGGAGGAGUGGGUGCACCGUGGUCUAGAGGCACAAACAACUUAUCAGACACAUAUGCAGCAGGAUUCCUGUGGCUAAAUACCUUAGGAAUGUCAGCCAAUCAAGGAAUUGAUGUUGUGAUUCGUCACUCGUUCUUUGAUCACGGGUACAACCAUCUGGUGGAUCAAAACUUUAACCCACUGCCGGAUUAUUGGUUGUCAAUCGUUUUUAAGAGGCUUGUGGGUCCUAAAGUAUUGGCUGUUCACGUAGCUGGUAUACAAAGGAAACCUCGUCCGGGAAAAGUCAUACGCGACAAACUGCGCAUCUAUGCCCACUGUACCAGCCACCACAACCAUAAUUAUGUGCGAGGAUCAAUAACACUUUAUAUCAUAAACCUUCAUCGAUUAAGAAAAAAAAUCAAGUUGGCCGGAACAUUGAGAGAUAAGAUUGUCCACCAGUAUCUCCUCCAGCCACAUGGAUCAGAGGGAAUCCAAUCAAAGUCAGUGCAGCUGAAUGGACAGCAGCUGGUGAUGGUUGAUGAUGGAACACUUCCAGAGUUUAAGCCCAGACCACUACGACCUGGCCGUACACUUGUCAUUCCUCCACUAAGCAUAGGCUUCUAUGUGGUAAAGAAUGUAAAUGCAGUGGCUUGCAGAUAUCGGUAGCUAUAUUCAUGAAAUAACUGUUCUACAUACAACUGCUACAACCAAAGGCGUGAUUCACCAAACAGCCAAAAGCCCGAACUUGCAAGUUCUCAUUCUACAAUACUCCGGGCCUACAAAUCUCCAAAGCAUAUUAUGUACAACCGCCAUUGCAAGUUUUGUGUCUGUAUAACCUGUGGCUAGUGAUUAGCCAGAGGCCCAUGUAUUUCCUGAGUAGGGGACAUUACAGGUUUUUCACCUUCUAGUAAGCUAAGUUUGUAAAGGUCAUAACUAAUUAUGUUUUCUUAAGAAUUGUAAAUUCCCUGUCCAAUUCGUGCAUUUAUUUUCAUCAUCUAUUGUCCUAUUCUAUGAACCAGCUCACAAACACUCUUAUACUCCUAUUGUAAAUGAAUGUACGCUAUAUAUAUUGCUACUAGAUGUUGUCUACGGCCUGUCUACUUCGCUUAUCAGCACUUGAUUUUAUUAUAUAGAUUAUUGUUGGCAUUACCUUUUUUUCUUUUCAUCUUUAUUAUUGUACUUUUGAGGACAUCCUCAUCUUUUCUCCUCUACAGAGUAUUUUUCUUAAUUGUUGUGAUUGGGUCAUUGUCAGACUGCAUUGUCAUCAUGUGCGGAUAUGAGAUGAGUAAGUAUGGGAAAUAACAGAAGCAUUUGGAGACUGUGGGGUAAAUGUAUGAAGCAGUGAUAAGAGUGGAGAGGUGAGCCAGUGGAGAGGUUGGCCAUGGCAACCAAUCAGCUGCUCUGUAUAAUUUUACAGUAUGCAAAUUAUGAAUGUUACUUCAAUGCUGAUUCUCUGCCACGGGAAACUUCUCCACUGGCUCACUUCUCCACUCUUAUCACUGCUUCAUACAUUUACCGCUGUAUACAGUAUGUGUGUUAUGUCGGAACUCUCUGGCCGUAACUUCUCUGACACAGUUGGGACGGGUCAGAGGUAAGACUAACUCUCAUUACCUGCCAAAAUGAUAUCAUGAAUAAAACAUCCAACAGCAAGACAUUCACGCCAUUGUUCUACUCAAGAACAAAUAGUUCCGUAGGCUAUGGUAGUCUUGUGGUGAACAUAGCAGAAGAUCUUACAUUGUGCCAUGGAGACACUCUGAUGUUCAAUUAGUUCCGACAUUUCUCCGACACAGUCUUUCGUUUGAAAGGACUUAAGCUUUACAAAUAAGCAUAUCCGUCUGAUUUCUGCAACGCUGGAUUUUAAAACAGCGACGCGAAGCAGGCACAAAACAAAGCUCGGCUUCCUAGUUAAAUACCGUAGCACUUUGUAAUUGUCAGACAAGAUGACUGUGCAUACUGUAGUUCUAAAGUUAGCACUGGGGUGAUAAAAAAUACAAAUGUCCGUCCGCAUGGUCUGUUUUUGUCUUAUUUUACAAUCUUAACCCCAAAAAUUGCAUUUUGUUUUUAGUCGAUUCAUUUAAAUGUAAUGUUACAGCAUGCAUAGAUAUUAACUUUGCAGUGAUUAUUUGUUAUUUCUGUCCUACUCCAGGACAAAACUGCUGAUGAAAAAUAAUGAUAUGAAACCUUUAUAAUAUCUAUUCCGUAAGACGUGCCGCUGGGUAGAGUACAGUUCCCGCACGUUUCUGCGUACGCUGUAGACGACGGUGGUAUUUAGCUGUAGAUCAGUGCCAAAAAUGAUAAUUUAUGUACCGUGUAUUUGCAGAAAUUGUAAAAUGUUAAUUGAGAUCAGACAGAAACAUGUUCAUAAACAUCUGUAAAAAUUCUACAUGGCACCCCGACUGCUCAGCUCUCCCCGGGCAGGAAGGGUCUGUGGGUCGUCUUUCUCAAUGCUGCUUCCAUUAAACGCCACACACAGCAGGAGAGUGGCAGCUUGUAAUGCAGCCCUGUUGGAGAGAUUCACUGAAUUAUGAUACUGGACUGAGAACCAAAUAGGGGUCAAGAGUUUUCCUGUUUUGCCUAAGCUUUAGAGUUGUAACUUUUUACAGAAUGAUUUAAUAUAGGACAAUAGAAAACCAAUGCAUGACUGUAAGAUUUAUUUCAUUCAUUUUAUUUACAGUAUGUUUUCACACUUUCCAGGAUCUUUACUGUUACUUUUAUUUUGUGUUUAGUUGCUUCAUCCUGCUUCUUACUGUACGUGUAUCUCUGCACCUGUUAAUAACAGUUGUGUAUGUCUUUACGAUCAUUAUUUCACUGGAUAUUUUUUAGGCAGAUAAAACAGUCCAUAAUAUUGAACUGUGUAUUAAACCAAAUGCUAUUUCUUACUUCUUAGAGGAGGACCGGCUACUGGGCUAAGUAUG